CCGGGCGCAGAUGCUGCCCUCCGAUUAUUUGGUGGAACUAUAAACAAGUUUGAAAGAAACAAAAGGCGGUGAGGCUGUAAAUAGUGUGUGUGAGUGUGUUUUUUCCGUUAUGGUGUUAUUUGCUUAAGUCGAUAAUGGCCAUGGGGGUGAACAAAAAUCGUGUGGUGCGGAAGCAUCGUUCACUAAAUAAUCUGACAUUGCUGAAUGUUGCAUGUCCAGUUUGUAUGGGUAUUUUGAUAGAACCAGUGACAUUGCCUUGUAACCACGACUUGUGUUUGGAAUGUUUUGAGAAGUCUGUGGAAAAUAACAGCUUGACUUGCCCUAUGUGCCGAAAACGAAUAGGGGGUUGGCUGCGACAAGCAAAAGACAAAAGUUUAGUGAACCAGACUCUGUGGAAAUUGAUACAGGAGAAAUUCCCGCAUGAAGUUCAGGCCAAGCUGAAAGGAGACGAUGACGGCGUAGCGGACAGACUAUCUGCAAUGAUUCCACCUGUGUCACUAUCUUCUGAAGGGGAAAUUCGUGAGGAAUUUGCUCUUGAAGUAAAGAAAUAUGAGGAAGAAAUAAGAAGGAAACAGGAAGAAGAACAAAAUGCUAGUUUAGAGCUUAUAAGAAAGUUGCAGGAGGAAGAAGAACGGAAGAGAUUAGAGGCUACGAAAUUGCUCACAGAAGAUGAAGAGAUUGCCAGGAAAGUUCAAGAAUCUGUAAAACAGGAAGAAAUCUUGGAAAUGGAGCGUCAAAAAAGGCAGCAGGCUGAGGAAGAUGAAAAAAUAGCGAGGCAGCUACAGGAACAAAUGAUGGUGGAACACUCUGAAGUACUGAAACCAAAAUCGGCCAAGAAGGAAAUCAAGCAUUCUCCUUCAACUUCAGGCACUGCCUAUGUUAAAGGUCCUAUGGAUUCAUUUGUCUACCAAGUGAAACAAGGUACUCCAGACAACACCAAAGAUAGUAAAUGCAAGAUGAAGACAUUUGGAAGAGAAAAGCGAAGCCGCAGCCGAAGUAGUGACAGCAUUGAUAGUGAAGACAGCAUUAAACAGGAGCUGGUGCACUUUAAGCCUAUUAGAAUUGUUCCUCGUACACCCCCAAAGAAGAUGCCAGAUGGUCGUGUUUUUGAGCCACGAGUUAUUGUAGCUUCUCCCCUGGGUAUAAAUGAUUUGUGUCGUGCAGUGCGGAGAGGAAGUAAUCUUAAUCCAACUGCAAGGAAAUUGGCCGAGAACUUUAUGAAAAUGCAGAAGAGGCCAUAUGAAUGUACUAUCACACCACCUACGGAAGGGCGCAUAUCAAAAAGUGUUGGUACAAAUCAGAGUUCAGCAUUCAAAGGAAGAGACUUCAUCAGGAAACUGGACCCAUAUAACGCACAGCUUGAAAGAAGUGAACUGACAUCAGGACCAGAGAGGAAAAAACUAUGUACAGACACAAAACGUUUUGAUCGCAGUACUGCUGUCUCUGGCUUUUCAUCCACAGCAUCUGCAAACAGACCUGCUCCACAGGCUGCAGAUAUUGCUAAUACAACAAUUUCAACAUUUGUAUCAUCUUUGGACUCUGCUGUUAGUCCAGUUGAAGUGUGCCGUGCAGCUGAGGAGGAGGAUCUGCAGAUGCCUGAUAUUUCACAUGUAGCAUGUAGCUAUGGUGGAAGCUGUGAGAGCCCAGCAAAAACAAGCACAGAUUCAGGAAAAAUAUCAUUAUGUGAAGAAGAUUCUACAAAAAUGCACUUCACAAAUGAGGCUCCUAAGAAGAUUGCUGAUGGCGAAAAAAGAGUUCACGAAGCAUUAAUUUAUCACAAUAAAAAGAAUGAGAAUAGUCUCACUGUAAAUAAUAACAACAAUGUUGAAGUAGAGACAGAAUCUAGAGACGAUGCUGUGUGUGACAGUGGCAUCGAAGAUGAGCGUGUGGUUGUUGAACAGGCACGAAUAGAACAGCAGAUACGCCAGGAACAGGAGGACCUGCAGUUAGCAAUGGAACUACAGAGGAAAUGGGACAUGGAAUCGAGAAUAGUGGAUCGUAGGAAAGGGACAUCGAGGGCAUACGAACUCCGAAGUACAUCAAUAUCGGAGACUGUUACCAAAAAAGGAAAGAGUGUAGUGAACAAAGGGGCAAGGCAACGCACCCUUCAGGAAGCAUUCCACAGAGGUAACCAACGGUUGAUUGCCCAUUCUGGACAUUAGGUGGAGAAAUGAAGAAAAUUUUAUUAUUUGACUGAUGUGUGUUUAUUGUAAUUUAAUAUUCCUUUCUAUACUAAGUUUUGCAUUUUGUUGUGUCUUCUUUUUUAUAUAUUUCCUAUGAUUAUUUUGAGUUGUAAAAGUGAUUUUUAAUGUGACAGGGUAUUAUUUAUGAUAUUUUAUGAAAUCUGUCACAGAGAAAUUUUAUAUCAAGAUAUUUAUAGUCACUCACAACUGGAGAAGCUACAAAGAUAUUAUCAGUGACCAGUUUAUGAUAUAAAUAUAUGUGUAUAUGACCUCUGUUCAAGAUUUUAUGUAACAGUGUGUAGAAGGGAUCCUGGUCCUACGAAUAAAAAAAUAUAGAAAAUGAAAAAAAGACUAUUUGUGGUUUACAGUAAAUUUUUCUUGUGUGCUCCUCAGAUAUCUUAAAAACUAUUAGAAUGUAAAUUUUUAGUGGGCUUAUCAUAGUACAGGAAAGAGAUGAUUACUUUCCUUUCACAAUCAAAUAAGAUAUUUCAGUGAAGAUGUGGUAUAACAUUUAUGAAAGUUAACCCCUCCACUGAAAAUUGUUGCAGAUUGCUGUGAAAGGUAUGCAUGGAUUUGUUAUUUCAGACUGUUUAUACCAGAUGAACAUGUUCCUCUGCAAUUGUACAUCUGCAUUCUGAAGAGUGUGAAGAAUGAAUGCAAUGGUUUACCCAAAAAUUGUUUAAAAGGCAGUGUUUGUUCAAGAGUGGUUGGUAUAUUGGAGAGAGAGAGAGAGAGAGAGAGAGAGAGAGAGAGAGAGAGAGAGAAUUAUAAAUAUGGAAAAUGAGUGCUAUAAUGUUGAUAUGAUAUUCGCAGUGUGUGGUGCUCAAUGUGACAGAUCAGUGUACUCUGUUAACUUAAGCACACAGUAUGACAAAAUUGUCAACUGUAUUAAAGAUACUAUAGCUAGUGGAAAAGACACAAGGGGUGAAGAAGCUUCUGAUCUGCAAAAAGAACUGAAAUAUUUGUGAAAUAAUUAAUUAUGUAAUGUCUGACAGGGAGAAAGGUGAUAAUACAAUGUGAAUGAUACAGUUGGAAAGACAGUGAGAUUUCCACAUAAUGUAUCACACUCAGGGAUAUAUUACAUUUUCUUCAUACAGAGAACAGAAUUGUUUGUUAUGUAACAUUAGAUGGCUCUAUAAAUUUGAGGCUGGUUCAAAUCAGUCACAGUUAUUCACUUUUGCAUAUAUUCUUUCUUUUGAGUUACUAGUUUCUGAUAUCUCAUUUGUAUAAUUCAUCUCAUAUUUCCUCUUGAUUAAGAUAAUACACAUAUACUUAGCUUAGUGUGUUCAUUUUCUUAUUUCUCUCAAUCAGGAAUUUUUUAUCUUUUUAUCCAGUGAUGAUGAAGUGAGGCAUGUAAAGAAUACCUCAAUAUUCUGCACAACUUUGCUUCAUAAUAGUACCGUACACGUGUUACUGGUCAUUGAGUGUGGCUGCUAUGUUGCCAUAUGUAUGUAACUAAUUUGAGGGCAAGGUUGUUAAAUUCAGUGACAGUAAAUUUUUGAUAUGUGAGGAGAAUGGAGGUAUUGUGAGUGAGUGAGUGGAUAUGCUCAGUUGCUUCUGUGCAUAUAUGUUUUAGAUGUUGAUGUAAAAAAAUUAUGUUUUAUUGUUACUAUUAAUGACUAAAUAGAAGAUUAAUAAUGUUGCCUUGCAAUCAGUAUUGUGAUAUUUUCUUUGUGGCUUCUACAGACUGUUUAAUUUGGAGACAAAUUCUAAAUGUGUGUAUUGUAUACAUGUAAAACAUUCGAAAUGUAAAUAAAAGUAUGCCUUAUGUACAGAA